CAGGGGGAGCCCUACGCGCCACAGCCUCGUCCCCGGACUGCUCAGGCCGGACUGCGGCGGCGCGGGUGGAGCUGGGCCGGGAAGAUGGCGCCGCCGCUGGGGCUGGCGAGGCGGCUGUUCCUGGCGUCCGGGAGCCUGAACCACACAUUGACUCGUUCUGCAUUCAUUGCAAGAAAACCUGACUAUACAAAACCAAACUGGGGAAAGGUUGGACUGACUUUUGGCACCACUGCAGCUCUGUGGGUCCUACUCUUCAAGCAACAUAAUGAAGAUGUAAUGGAAUAUGAAAGGAGAAGAGAAGAGAGGGAGAAACGUGAUGCAUGUACAGGAUGUUCAUAGUUGAAGAUAUGCUCGAAGAAGUGAUUGAGCGAUAAUUGUAAUCCACAAGGAAAUGAUGAACAGGGUAUCAGAAAAUAUCUGGAUAUUUAUCUGUUCUCAAUGUUUUGUACAAAGCACUGUGAAAUAAACAGCAAUUAAUAUGGAA